AUGAGAAAGAAGCGCGACGCCAUCCGGGAGGCACUGGAGAACCUGACAGCGGAUGAGCUCAAGUUCAAGCUGAAGCUGGGGUCGGUGCAGCUGCGCCAGGGCUUUCGGAACGUCCCGCGCGGGGCGCUCGGGCCGCUCGACGCCGUGGACCUCACCGACAAGCUGGUCGCCUUCUACUGCGAGGACUACUACGCCGCCGAGCUCACGGCGGUCGUGCUGCUCGACGUGGGCAUGCAAGAGAAAGCGGCACGGCUUCAAGGGGCCGCGUGA